AUCGAAAUAGACCAAACCAUGGAUGCCCUUUCAGCGCUACAGGCCGCCAACAAAACCAAUAGUCUCCUUCUUAGCACCAUCACCAUCGAGCAUUGCAGCAGCCAAGUCCUCGCAUGAGUGAGUCCUCGUACUAGACAGCUCAUGCUUAGCCCUACCAGUACAUACCCGACCGGUCCAAACGGCAAAUCUCAUCUCCCCACUGAACUCCCAUUGACCGGGGCACAUGCGAGAGUGAGCGAGAACCCCCAAUGGGGCCAUCGCUUCAGCCCGACGCGCGCGAACUUGCACCGAACGGAACCCCUGCCCUUGAACCUUGAAAAAAACUUUUUUUUUGGUUUUGCUCUCUCCGAGCUCCUAGUCGACUCACCCAACCUAAGUCUAUCAACCUCUAGCGGCCUUGACCGGUGUGGGGGCAUGUACGGGAGCAGGGACCAAGACAUGGAGGCGAGCUGGGAGCGGUGCGUGCGCGCAUCGUCGUCACUAGCACAAGAUGGGGCAUCUGGGACGGGGGCAUCAGAAGGGACCUUGAAUGAUGUCGUCGUCGGCAAACCUCCAUGCCAUGUACGAGUGCUGCACCGUAUGUACGGUAGAGAGCACGCAGUCAGGUUUGCGUUUGGAGGGGGGAGCGAAUGAGUCAGGGCACAUGUGCUGCUGCUGCGUCUGACCAGCAUCCGGACUGGAUACAGGCAGCAGUAGCAUCACUAGACUGUGUAUGUACAUUGGCUUGGAUUAAC